AGCCCGAUACACCGCCGAUAGGACGGAGAACUUCUAUCUAUCGGCGUCUCGCUUUAUCGCCGACGGCGCGAGCAAAUAGCGGCGACUGACGCUGCUUCGGCCGUCGGCUCCGAUUCGGUCUCGCACGUUUGUACUACAUAUGCAAGCUUCUGCAGCCGGCGCAAGCAAGCAGCAACAGUCGAAGAGACGACAGAGGCCUCUCUGCGUGCGACUGAUCAUCUCACCAUCUCGUUGGCUGUGUCGAGGCACCCGUCGUUGUCGUCGACGGAGCAACGAAUCUGUGUUUCCAAUUUAUUGUGUUCUUUUUUUUUCCCCCCGUUUGCUCAAGAACGUGCGUCGCGGCUGUGGGGGGUGUGUUCCGGGGGAAAAAAACAUCCGCGUCGCACUCCCAGCACCAACGUGACGACAGGGGCGACUUCCAGCAGGACACACACUGCAGGCGUUGUGUACGGAAAAGGUGGCAGAAUGGGUCUCGAGGACGAGGAGCGGCUGUUGCUGCUAGACCCGGGCACGGCCAGCGGUACACGGCCCAGACACACCAGUUACGGAGCCAGUUACAACACCACCGCCAUGACAGGCGCCGGCACCACGCCCUCGCCAGCGGCCGCCGGCAGCGCCAACACCGCGGGGGCAGGAUGCAAGGACAAUGACAGGUGGCCGCGACCAAAAAAGGUCUCUUACUGGAAACUGUUUCGCUAUGCCACGGCACAAGACAUUGUCCUGCUGUUCCUGGGCACGGUCUUCGCAAUCCUCCAUGGUGCCGGCUGGCCACUGUUGGCUAUUGUGUUUGGUCACAUGACGAAUGCCUUCAUCCACCAGCAGCAGGCGGGCUUCUACGAUGGCGACAGUACAAACUUCACCACGCUGCCGCCUCCUCAGACCUUUGGGGAAGCAAUACGGCGAAGUGGGGCGCAGUCCAUGUUUGACCCUGUAACCAUCCUGGAGUACAACAUCACCAUGAACAAGUUUGCACUCACCUACGUCAUCAUUGCCGCUGUGGUCUUCGUGUCUUCAUUUAUACACGUGUGGUGUUGGACCAGAGCCUGUGAUCGUCAGCUGUAUAGACUGCGGCAAGAGCUGUUCUACUCGAUCCUACGACAGGAUGCAGCCUGGUUUGACAGGCACCGUGUCACUGAAGUUGCGUCAAGAAUGAAUGAUGACAUGGAGCGUCUGCGUGAGGGAAUGGGUGACAAAAUGGGCCUCUUCAUUCACUACCUGUCCACCUUUGCAUCUGGGUUUGCCACAGGGUUUGUUGAGAGCUGGGAGCUCACCCUGGUCAUCAUGUCGGUCACACCACUGCUUGCCUUUGCCUCAGCAUUCCUGGGCAAUAUGGUGUCCCAAUCAGCUGCCAAGGAGCAAGAAAAGUAUGCACAGGCGGGGGCAGUGGCCCUGGAAGUUCUAAGCAAGAUACGAACUGUGGCUGCCUUCUGUUCUCAAUAUGGCGAACUUCAGCGGUACAUGACUGCUCUAGAAGCGGGCAAGACUGCUGCAAGGCGCAAGUAUAUAGCCAUGGCAUUCGGAUUCGGCCUCACAUUUGUGGUCCUCUAUGGUGCCUAUGCACUGGCUUUUUGGUACAGCUCGGUUUUAGUGGCAGCAUCCAGGCUGGAUCCCGGCAGGGCAUUCAUUGUAUUCUUCGCAGUCAUGGUGGGCUCAUUUUCGCUGGGAAAUGCUCUGCCGCAGCUCAACAGCAUCGCUGUGGCACAAAUGGCGGCUGGCCGUGUCUUUGAAGUCAUUGACCGAAGGCCUGAUAUCGACUCAUACUCUGAACUUGGUGUGCAGCUAAAACAGUUCACCUCCAAUCUUUCUUUUAAGGACGUCUCCUUCUUUUAUCCAAGAUACCCAGGUCACUUGGUGUUGCGAGACGUCAGCCUGGAAGCCGGCGAAGGUCAAGUCGUGGCCAUCUGUGGUACAAGUGGCUCGGGGAAGAGCACACUACUCAACCUGGUUGUGCGCUUCUAUGACCCCUGUUAUGGCGAGAUUACUCUGGAUGGCGUGAACUUGAGGUCCUUGAGUGUGCGGUGGCUGCGUUCCGAAGUUAGCCUUGUGAGCGAGCGGACAACUUUGUUCAACUACUCCAUUGCUGAGAACAUCCAGUUUGGCCAGGAGGAAACCACAAUGACUGAAGUUGUGGAGAUGGCCAAGCUAGUUGGCAUGCACGAGUUCAUCGUUAGUCUUCCUAAGGGUUACGAGACAGAGAUAGGUGAGCAAGGCUGCCAGCUGAGCGAGGGGCAACGCCAGCGGUUGGCUAUCGCUCGAGCAAUGGUCAAGACUCCCCGGAUACUGCUUCUGGACAAUGCAACCGGUGCGCUGGAUGCGGCCUCUGAAACCCAUCUUCUGCGCGCCCUUGCGAAGGGCAGUCCUCGGCGCACAACGGUGGUGGUAACGCAGCGACUGUCGACCUUACGAGAGGCAGACAUGGUGUAUGUGAUGGACGAAGGCCAUGUUGUGGAGCAGGGCAAACAUGAGGACCUGGUGGCAAAGAAAGGGUUCUACUUCCAGCUCAUGCUCAGCCAGCUCACAGAAAAUGAAGAUGCUGAGGUGCCGGCACCUCCACCUGAGUCCUGUCCUCCUGCCUCAAGACAGGACGAAGAUGGCGAAGAAGAACGGCUGCGAAGGCGCAGGAAGGCACUGCUCUUGGAAAGCAUCUCGCCAUUUGAUCGCGAGUGCAGUCGUCUCGCUGAUGACUUCAUCAAGGAAGAUGUUGAACUUCCGUCUGCCCGCAAGAUUUUGCAAAAAGCCCGGCCCGACUGCGGUUGGUUCUUCCUGGUUUCCCUGGCUUCUAUUGUGGUUGGAGCAUCCCUGCCUGUGUUUGCAGUAUUCUACAGCGAAAUAUUCAAUACAUUCACCCUGGUUGGGCAAGAGAUGCAAGACGCUGCUUUCUUCUGGUCCAUGAUGUUCCUGGUCCUGGCAGCUGCUAGUGGUCUGGGGCACUUCUUCAGGACGCUUGGUGUAGGCAUUGCUGGUGAGAACCUGACAUUCCGCCUGCGGGUUGCUGUGUUGGCCAACAUACUGCGGCAACACAUGGGCUGGUUUGAUGAAGACUCCCAUUCCUCGGCCAAACUGGCCUCUCGGCUAGCGAGUGACGUUCCUGUUGUUAAAACUGCGGCAGGCUACCGCCUGGCAGUAAUGUUCACAGCGCUCAUAACGCUUGGAACGAGCUUGGCAUUGGCCUUUGCCUUCGGCUGGAAACUGGCCCUGGCCCUGGUGGCCAUUGUGCCCAUCCUGGCCCUGGCCGGUGGCCUGCAGCUGCGGGUUGAAAAGGCCUCCCAACGUCGCGAUGCACACCUCAUGACUCAUGCUAUUCAGGUGACCACAGAGAGCAUAGAGAAUAUUAGGGCUGUUCAAGAGUUAAACCUGGAACCCACCUUUUUUGGCCUGUUCGUCAGCCACCUACUGGUGCCACUUAUAGAAUCGAAAAAGCGGAGCAUCCUGUUUGCACUCUCCUUCGCCUUCUCGCAAGGUGUAAUGUUCCUAGUGUAUGGCUGUGCCUUUCGUCUCGGUGCCUUCCUGGUUACGAGGGGGGAGAUGGAAGCCACCAAUGUUUACAGGGUGUUCUUCACGAUGGCAUUCAGCGCGGUGUCUGUGGGCCAGUGGACUUCCAUGUUGCCCGACUAUCUCCGGGCCAGGCUGUCAGCUGGCCUAGUCUUCAACCUACUCGAAGCAGAGACUGAAAUCGAUGGUUACUCGGAUGGUGGCAUGCGUCCUCCCGCCCUCUUCUUGUGUGACUAUAAGCAGGAGAUGAGCAGCCGACUGUCCCUCAAAGGGGUCACCUUUGCCUACCCAAGCCGACCACAAGUCACAGUGCUCCAGGGACUUGACCUUGAGCUAAGCCCCGGCGAGAUGGUGGCACUCGUAGGCGCCAGUGGCUGUGGCAAGUCGACCGUGGUCGACAUUCUUCUGCGUUUCUACGACCCCCAGUGUGGGCAAGUGUACUUGGAUGGUGUGGAUGUUCGUGCAAUCAACGUAGGAUACCUGCGGCAGUGCAUAGUGGCCUGCGAGCCGCGGCUGUCCUUAAUGGACCGCACCCUCGGGGAAAAUGUGGUGUAUGGCCUUGACCCCUCUUCUGGUGUGCCCAGCCAGGAGGAGCUUGAAGAGGCAGCCCGCAUGGCACGCUUGCACGAUUUUGUCAGCCAACUCCCCUUGGGCUACGACACACCCCUGUGUAACUCGGCCAUGACGCAGCUGUCAGAAGGACAGAAACAGCGAGUUGCGCUUGCACGGGCACUUGUGCGCAAGCCCCCCAUUCUGGUCUUGGAUGAUGCUACGUCCGCCUUGGAUGCUGAUGCUGAACAGGCUAUCUUGGAAGCAGUGAAGGAGAACCUGGGGGAUCGUGCCUGCAUCUUUGUGAGCCAUCGGCUGACUGCCAUCAAGGUGGCGGACCGCAUCGCAGUCAUGGACCAUGGUGCAAUCAUGGAGCAGGGAACGCACACGCAGCUCAUGCAGAUGCAGGGCGUGUAUCACAGGCUGGUAGAGAAAAGCCUAAUCUUAGCGUGACACAACGAGAAGCGUACACACGCCAACAUCGAUUAUGCGUUUGUCACAUCAACCGUCAUCAAUCAUCACCAUUGUCAGAUGAAGGAGGGGCACUUUGUAUUGCCUCCAGAGGCCCUAUACGAAACCUUGGCUCUUUACUACAUUGUGUUAUCUGAGUGAAGUGACACCUGUUGUAAGAGCUCCAUGCUACUCACAGUUAUUCCCACUGUGCAAAUGUUAAGUUGCGCACUCCACUCGGUGACAACCUAAGAAUUCAAUGCGAGUGUUGCCCUCAAAACCACCGCAACUGCCCUCCACGCCACUGCACUCCAGAAUGUAGUUCCCAGCAGAUGCUGAAAGAAGUUCACCUCCGCCACAAAAUCACAUAAAUGAGCGAACAUAAUUGGCUGGCACAUUCACACAAAUUUCAUUGGUAUUGAACAGUGCUCUAUUCGCCACUGCAUUCUUUGGUUGUCGCCCACUUAUACAUUUAAGGUUUCUGGCAAGUUGCUGGAACUGCAGGGCAGCACAUAGCAUUUCUCUCAAUGGGUCAUCUGUGCACCUCGGGAAAGGGCACAUACAGCACCACUGUACGUUUGUUUGCGACUGGGAAUGCACUUAGGCAACACAACAGUUAGGCAUGUGGCUUCUGUUACAGACUCAAAUGGCUUCAACAUUCUAUGUGGUCAGACGAACUUGUUCUUGGCCUAGUUCGUCCUUGCGGUGAGCCAUAAUUGCCACUAAAAGGACACACAAAGAAACACAGACAAGAAGACAGCUCGCCCCCAAAGUAUACAGCAUACGUAGGGCGUAACAGAAUCUACCACACUUGGACUUUUUAUGGAACAUGACGCUGCUCUGCUUUGGCUGUCACUUUUGGUCGUGCAGCGCACAAUUUGAAAGGUGUGUCCGCAAGCAGCUGCUUGUAAUUCAACCAUUUGACCAUCUGUGUCCACGGUAGUUUCCAUUUAUUGUCUCGUUUUACUUCACAGCGGCAGUGAAACUUCUAUAUUUUGAAAUCGUGUAUAACGAUACUUUGUAUAUUUAGGUUCAAAUACAUGGUAUUCUAUGGACAAGAAGUUAUAAAAAGUUCAAUUCUUCGUUAUAUCGAGAAUUUCGUUAUGUUGAAGUUUGUUACAUCGAGGUUUAACUGUAACAGGAAAAAAAAGAAACUGCAAGAUAAGACCAAAACUUUGCUGUACGGCAGGAGAACCCUGUCAGAUGGUAACACUGAAUGUCGGUGCGAAGCCACACAUCUCCUGCAGUGCACUGAAGUAUAACUGCGAGUGGUUUUGCGGUGGUGGUUUAGAAAAUGAAAGCAAUGAUGUUGUGUUGUCCUAUGGCUUUAACUCCUGCCUCCAUUUUUCCUCCUCCUGUGAUCUUGAAGCUUCCAGCCUUCCUCACUGGGCCCACCCUAUUCUUGAUUCAAUUCAAGUUCAUUGGUGACACAUUCAAAAGUCACGUUGAAGGCCUUCCUGGUGAGAAAGCUGUAUGCUUACAGCUUUCUCGCCAGAAAUAAAAGACAUCUGGGGCCAUAUUGUGUGAGGAUUCUUCUUCUUCGAUUCUAUACAUUUCUCAUCACUUAAUGCAGAGAUGGUGUCCGCUACUGGCAAUAACACAGGCAUGGCAUCAUUCAGCCAAUGACGUAAGAGCAAGAAGAAUGGGAAAUGAAAAGAAUUGUUGCAUAAUACGACCCCUUGUCAUAGCAGCACUUGAGCAUUAUACAAAGAACACAUUGCAACUAAAAUUCAAGGAAGUGUGCGUAGCGUACUUGCAGGUUGCUGGUUUCGCUGUUUUCUUAGUGCCAGCACAGUACUUUUUCAAUUUUCACUGCAGGAUUGUAGCUGAGGAGCGUGCAUUAUACAUACCAUACUUCACCAGUUUUCUGCGCAAGUCACACAUGUUCGUUGUGACGCACAAUGUUGUCAAGCAUGCCUGUAGCAUUAUACGUUGGGUACUCACUUGCUCAUGAUUGCAAGGCACCAUGCUUCAUGGUUUGCUUUUGUUUGAUAUGACCAGAAUGACUGUGCGAGGUUUUCUACGGCACUGUUGAUGGCAGCUCCACUGUGUACCCAUGAACAAAGCGCACACAUCGUGUAACUCUACACGAGUUCUGUAUGUGUGUGAACAUUAUGUUUUUUUGCAUUCAACCUCGCAUUGAAAAACAGUACAAUGUGGUUGACUAAGUAACAUGUAUGUCAAUAAAAAAUAGUUUUUAAAAAAUGCUACUUAAGUUAUGUAUUUUGGAAAUGUGAAUAAAGUUGUGUGUUAUAAA